AUGUGCGACCCUCUUCUGGCCGGCCUGCCCCGGGACUCUGACUACUCUCUGCCCUGCUACUGCUCAUCUCCGUCGCCCUCCAACUUGUGUUCGUUUGAUAACAACAAGUGUGACAAGUACUGGGGCCCUGCCUCAGACAACAAGAACCUGAACUAUACGUUUCACUGGUCCAGGACCCCAGAACCAGAGACCCCGGGGCCAGCUGCUUCAGAGAACACAGUGACAAUUAUAGACUGGAAGCCAGGGAGGGACUCGGGGCUUCAGUCGCAUGGGUCUCCUCACUUCCCCAACUCGGACUCGCAGGAAUGCUAUGAUGACCAGGAACUUGUGAAGAAGCGUUCGAAUAUCGCUAAGAAACCAUCCGAGACCAGCUCUUCUAAAACCAAAGGUAAGCCCACCAUGAUGAUUCCUGACACCCAGAAGCUCCUGCGCUGCGAACUGGAGUCAGUCAAGAACCAGCUACAGGCCCAGACUAAGGCUUUUGAGUUUCUAAACCACUCAGUGACCAUGUUGGAGAAAGAGAGCUGCCUGCAGCAAAUCAAGAUCCAGCAGCUUGAAGAAGCCCUGAGUCCCACGGGCCGCCAGACAGAGGGAAACAAGUGCGACGCGGAUCAGGGACAGCAGGAGCUGUAUGGGGCCCUGGCGCAAGGCCUGAAGGGGCUGCAGAAGACCCUGCGGGAGAGUGAGGAGGUGCAGAGAACCCGCACCACCCGCUGCCUGCAGCUGCUGGCCCAGGAGAUCCGAGACAGCAAGAAAUUCCUGUGGGAGGAGCUAGAGCUGGUUCGGGAGGAGGUGACCUUCAUCUAUCAGAAGCUCCAGGCACAGGAGGAAGAGAUCACCGAGAACCUGGUGAACAUCCAGAAGAUGCAGAAGAACCAGGUGAAGUGCCGUAAGGUCUUGACCAAGAUGAAACAGCAGGGGUGUGAGACAACCAGCUGGCUGGAGGCAGAGGAGGUGCCAUCAGGAGGCAAAGGCUUUUGGAGGAAUGACCUCCAGAAGGAGCUGAGUGACAUAUGGUCCGCCGUGCAUAUGCUACAGAACUCCUUUGAUGGCCUCAACUUGUCCUCGGGAAUCCGCCCCAAGACUGGGAACCUUAGGGGCUACAACGGUCACCGAUGCCUGAGUCCUCCGCUUCAGUCUUGGGACUCGGACUCCGACUCGGACCAGGACCCUUCCCAGCCACCCUUCCGCAAGAGCCGCUCCUUCCCAUCAGCUUGA